GUCAAAGCACGAAAAGUUCGAUCAAAACAAAGUGAAUUCACAAUGUCCUUGAUAAGAUUGUGCGAUAAGACGCAGUGCCAUCGUUCCAUAAAGGAGAGAGUUGCAUUGUGCUGUUGUGUGAAGAACUGCAGGGCCUGAUUAUGCCUAUACAAACAUUUCAGUCCAUACAAUAAACCCCAACGGUUGUCCUGUGUAAAUAAAGUGCCGAUUUGUCUGAAGGUAUAUCUAGCUGGUAAGUAGAAUUAAGGGACCUCCUAUCAUGAAUGCAAUCGGUUCGCGCAGCUUGGUAGCAAAGAACCUAUCCCGGUUCAAGCUGAUCACGUUCGAUGUGACCGACACGUUGCUCAGAUUCUCUCGUCCGCCGGAGGUGCAGUAUGCGAUGGCCGCCCGCCGUUUCGGCUUCAAAGAUGUGAACGAAAACGGUCUGGCGCGCUCCUUCCGGCCCAACUUCCGCCGGAUGGCCAAGGAGUAUCCCAACUUUGGCAAAAGCUCGUCUCGCGAUUGGCACUGGUGGUGGCGAACACUUGUCAUGGACAUUUUCCGUGAUUCCCAUCGGCACAUGGAUGAACCAAUGCUCGAACGGAUUGCCAGCCAACUGAUAGAAGACUACAAAACACGAGAAUGCUGGACAAAGAUCGAACUGGCGGAUCAGGUGAUUCGAUUGGCGCGGGAAAAUUGCAGACAAGUUGGAAUUAUAUCCAACUUUGAUCCACGUUUGGGUGAGAUCGUGAGCGAUAUGAGAUUGCCACAGGUGGAUUUCAUACUCACGAGCUAUGAGGCCGGGGCUUCAAAGCCAAGUCCUGAGAUUUUUGCACAGGCUUUGGACCGGUGUCGUGGUACUGUGUCACCCAGCGAAGCGCUACACAUCGGCAACACUCCCAAGCUGGACUAUGUGGGUGCCCGAAAUGCGGGCUGGUCGAGUGUUCUUGUCAAUGUCGAUGUUGAUGUUGAGGAAGAAAUGGAGAUUUCACAAAAUGGCAAAGUGAACUCGGGUCAUGUGUUUAGAAAUUUUGCAGAUUUUAUUAGUGUGCUAGAGACCGUGGAAUUCAAGUGGUAGUUUUUUUUUUUAAUUGUUCUGUGAUAGUCUAGAAAAGUUGUUACAUAUAUGUGUCUAACUGAACAUACCAAAAACAUCUAAGAUAUUUUCGAAUAAAUAACGAACAAUAUUACCUAAAAU